AUGGAGGAAUCAUCAUCGGAAAUGGGUGAAAUACCUAAUCCGUCUUGUUCGAAUGCUGCCUGGCCGCUGCUGCAAGAUGCAACCCCGGUACCUUCUGGUCAACCACCAUUGUUAGAUGCAAUCCCUGCCCUCUCCAAGGUUGUGCAGCCGUUGCUGCAAGUCACCGAAAUCUUAGAAAGCCCAGCCUCUGAAGUUGCACAACCGCAAGCCAAAGAUGCUGUUGUGGGUGAAGUCGUGCCGCAGAUGGUGGCACAAACACUUACUAUUAAAGCUGAUGUUGUCGAUCAGAGUGCCUCUGAUGCUGUAGAGGCCGCUUUUGUUGAUCAGAGAGCUUCUUCGAAUCCGAUAGUUACGCAAGAGCCUUCUGCGCAAACCCUCACAACUCCCAAUCCGAGAACCGCAGCCCCUGCUGAUGAUGAGUUUGAGACUGGAAAUCAUCAAACAAAAUUUUCUCCACCAUCAAUCGUGGGUGCUGAGCACACGAUAGUCAUCAACGAAGAAAAUUCAGAGUCGUCGGGAGGGCAUCGACGGCAAAAAUCGGCGGGGAUUCGUCGGAGACCACAGUUGGACGUUCCACAGUUGUCGCAGUCUUCUGCCCAACAGUCUCCCCAAAUUUCAACGUCAAUUGAGCAGCCAAAACAGCCUCAUUCGGAUUCUCCAAAUUUUAACGAACUAAAUCAUGCUUCCAAUGGUUAUGAUGAUGACGAUUUGGAUAUGGAAUAUGCAAUGGAAGAAGAGUCCUUCUACAGCGAUGUUUCUGCUCCAACAUAUCACAAUCAUUCGAAAAAUGCCAAGGCUAAAGCUAAAGUUCAACGGAGCGCUGGUCAUGCGGCACCACACCAGGGUCAACAGCACCGGUUUGGCAGUGAUACACCAGCGGCACAUCUUCGUCAACAGUGGGCUGUGGCGGUUCUUCUUCAACGGCGACUUGCAACAGUGGCGGUGUAA